CCUAGGUAUUCGUCACGUACAAAUUUUAAUGGUAUUCCUGCUAACUUUUAUAUCGUUCGGUAUGAAAGUAAAUCUUUCGAUUGGGAUCGUUGCAAUAACGGAUGACAAAGUGAAUCCGGGAAUUCCGACAUUCCACUGGAAUACAGAAGAGAAAGGUUUAUUACUAUCAGCGAUUUUCGUAGGCUAUGUUCUGCCACAAAUUUUCGCAGGGAUUUUAGCAAAAAGAUACGGUUCCAAGUGGAUACUUACAUUUUCGAUGGGAUUCUGUGCUUUAUUUACUUGCGCUAUCCCGAAAUCUGCUGAAUUUGGUGUUUGGGCGUGCAUUUUGUGUCGAUUUUUACAAGGUUUUUGUCAAGGAUUCUUUUUUCCAUGUGUGCAUAAUUUGAUAAGUUUAUGGAUACCUUGCAAUGAACGAUCUACAAUGGGUUCUUUUAUUUAUUCCGGUUGUACCCUUGGAAUUGUAAUUGGCAUGUUAUUAACAGGCGAAUUAUCUGCGUCUAUUUACGGUUGGCCAAGCGCAUUUUACAUUUACGCAUUAUUUGGAUUUAUCUGGAUGUUUGUUUGGGCGUUUUUCGGCGAGAGUUCACCUAAAAACCAUAAGAAUAUAUCCAUCGAAGAAAAACUGUACAUCAUAAACAGUUACGGCUAUUCUUGUACCGAUAAAUCAAAGAAAAUCUUAACGCCUUGGAAGGAAAUUUUUAUUUCGCGUCCUUUUUGGGGCCUUUUAAUUGUUCAUUGCGGACAAAUGUGGAGUUAUUUUACAUUAAUGAACGAACUUCCAACAUAUAUGAAUACAAUUUUGAAAUUUGAUAUUAAAGAAAACGGGGUUGUUAUAGCUUUAGCUUAUUUUGUUGCUUGGAUAGCUUCUUUUCCGUUUGCUAUCGGUACGGAUUUUAUUAUAAAUAGGAAAAUGUUGAGUAUUGGAAAUGCAAGAAAAAUUGCGACAUCGAUUGGUUUAUUCGGGCCAGCUAUAAUUUUUUUAAUCAUAUCUGGAGUUGAUGACUUAACUACUAUAAAGGUUGUUGUUUUAAUAAUGAUCGGUUUAAGCAUGAAUUCAGCUACACUUUCGGGGUUUCAAUUAAACCAUAUCGAUAUAUCUCAAAAUCACGCUGGCACUUUAAUGGGAAUCACAAAUAGUUGCGCUAAUUUAUGUGGAAUUAUCACGCCGAUAAUUGUUGAUAUAAUCGUAGUUGAUGAGUACGAUUCGACUCAGUGGGAUGAAAUUUUUUUACUCUCAGCUGGAAUUUACUUAAUAUCUGGCAUGUUUUACAUAGCUUUUGGAUCUGGAGAAAUUCAAGAAUGGGAUAAAAUCUAGUGAUAUAAGGAAAUGUUAUACAAGUUAUUUUCGUUAUAAGUCCGGUAGGUGACUUGUAACAGUACGAGUUAUUAUUUGAGUAUACAUACUAUUUAACGGGUACUAUUACAAGACCUAGCGGACAUGUAUCGUAUAACAUUUUAUUUUAUACUGUCGAGUCCGGUUAAACAGCAAUUACGAUAAUAUAACAUUUACUUAUUUCAAAAUUUAAAAAUGACAUUAUAGUUUGACACUUACCGGACUUUGAUGAUGUAAACAUCAAUAUACAAGAAACUGUCAUUUUUAAUUUUUAUUAUAAAAUAUAAUAAAAUAA